AUGGCUGUCAUUUGCCAGCCGGAUCGCCGUCGUCAUCUCGAUGGUGGGAAGCCGCAGGAUAAGGCGAUGAUCCCGGAAAGCAAACGGGGAUUGCCGCACAAGGACUUCGCAAACGACUCGUGCCAUAUGGAGUCCCACAGAGGCCAACUGUCAUCGUACGCUCGCAACGAGCAGGAGAACGUUCUUAGGCGUGAGCGUUGCGACCCAUACCCGCAAUAUGGCCAGUACGCUGUUUGA